AUGACGGCCGACAUCGAAAAGGCAACUGGGACGGGCGUCACCCGCACCAGCGUGGACAAGACCGACUCGAGCAGUAGUGGACAGAGUGCGACGGAACCGGAGAUGGAGAAAGAGCAGGAUAAGCAGAAGCAGACUGCUGCUGCUAUUGCUGCUGCUGCUGGAGACGCCGGUCCGGGCAGAGUGCUGCGGGCUCGGCGGCGAGGGCUGUUCGGGCGCUUCGCCCUAACCCCCGAAGUCACCGAUCCAUGCAGUUAUGGCAACACCGCCCUGGCGGAGCUGGCGGUGGAUCUCCACACCACCACGACCAUUGCAAAUCUGUCUCUGGCUUUCUACAUGUUAGCCAUGGCGUUCACGCCAAUGUGGUGCCCUCUCCGAGAAACACAGGCGGCGGACCAUCUAAUCGUUCAACUGCUCCUCAUGGGCUAG